AUGAGCCACCUGAGCACACCAACGUUCUCCCAUCCUUCUGUGCGAGUGGUGGACCUGACGCUGGAGCUAAACGGGAGAAGAAGCUGGGAUCCAUUGCGCCCAACACGCAUAUUUGAAAGGCUCAUCUGUGACCUUGAAGCACUGGAACGGCUGAAGCUUGCUCACAAGGACACAAGACCUUUCCAGUGGCAGUUCCCGCGAUUUUAUGGCUGCUUCGUGAUCAAGUCGAAUUCCCUCAAGUUCUUGGACGUCGUGGGUCUUGCAGGUGGGAUGUGGAUUCAAUGUCAAUGUCCCCGGCUCGAAAUCUUUCGAUGCAAAGGCGGGGGCAUAAAGGAGGGAAACGGUUCACUUCCCAACCUGAACAGGCAACAAUUCGACUCAACGAAGGCCAAAUUCAGCCAGAUAGAGUCCGUCACCGCGAACUUGAAGUUGUUGGAGGUGCCCUUUGUCGGCCUAACCAUUCCGAGGUCCUGCGAGUGCACUGUGAUCAGCUUCUCAAACCGUAUUUCGGCUGCAACGAGCUAUGAUUUUGAUUAUCGUCGUCACAUCGACUUUCUUCAGAACUAUGAUCUUCAGGAUGAGAAUUAG